UCCCCACGCGGCCCGGUCCUCCAGCCCUGCCCGGGCGCCGCGGGGCAUGGAGGGGCUGCGGCGCUCCUACAGCCGCCUGUGCCGGCAGAGCGGGGCCGAGCCGCAGGAGGCCGUGCUGCAGCAGCUGCGCCAGCCGCCGCGGGGCCGGCUGGACCUGGCCGCGCACAGCCUGACCGUGCACAGCUGCAGGGCGCUGGGCACGCUGCUGCGGGGCGAGGCGCUGCUCACCGAGCUGGUCCUGAGCGACUGCAUGCUGAGCGAGGAAGGGGCCGCGCUGCUGCUGCACGGGCUCUGCGCCAACGCCGCUGUCCGGCUGCUGGACCUGAAGGGCAAUAACCUUGGAGCCACAGGGGCCCAGGCGCUGGGGAAGCUGCUGCGACACAACAGGUCCAUUCAGAGCCUCACGCUGGAGUGGAACAGCUUGGGUGCUUGGGAGGACGCCUUCGCCGCCUUCUGCGGGGGCCUGGCGGCCAACGGGGCCCUGCAGCAGCUGGACCUUCGCAACAACCAGAUCAGCCACACGGGGGCCGAGCAGCUGGCCCUGGCCCUGGCGGUCAACAGCACCCUGCAGGAGCUGGACCUGCGCUGGAACAACCUGGGCCUCCUGGGCGGCCGGGCUCUCCUUGGCUGCUUCCCCGGCAACCGUGCCCUGCGCCGCCUGGACCUCGCUGGCAACAACGUCCCUGGCGACGUCCUCCGGGCCGUGGAACAGAAUGUGGGCCACAACCAAGACAGAGACGCCACGCUGCGGGAGAGCCGGGCCCGCACCCAUGUGCUUGUCCAGGAGGUCCAGCAGCUGCGGGAGGAGAAGUCCAAACAGUUUCUGGACCUGAUGGAGACUGUGGAGAAGCAGCGAGAUGAGCUGGCUCGGAGCAGCCGGGCAUCGGUCGAGCGGGUUGGGCAGCUGCAGGAAGCUCUGAACGAGAGGCAGUCGGUCAUCAGCGCCCUCAAGGCCAAGCUACAGAUGACCGAGGCUGCCCUGGCCCUGUCGGAACAGAAGGUUCAGGAGCUAGGUGAGCUGCUGGCCGUCUCGGAGCGGGAGCAGCUGAGCCAGGCACGGCAGCAUGAAAAGGAGCGCCGGCAGAAGCAGCAGGAGGCCGCCGAGCGCGAGGCCAAGUUCCUCAGGGACUUGUCAGCCACCAAUGAGAAGAAUCUACUCCUCAGGGACCAAGUGGACGAGUCGGAGCGGAAGGUAAAGGCCCUGCAGGAACAGCUAUCCCAGGCCAGGCAGCAGCUGACCACCACAACAGCUGAGCUGAAGCUUCGGGCCUUGCAAGCUGAGGAGCGCCUGGACGCCGAGAGGAGGAGAGCCAAGCAGAGCCUGCAGGAUGCAGAAAGCCUGCGUGUCAAGGAGGUGGAACACAUGAGGCAGCAGCUCGAGGAGAAUGAGAGGGCCUCGCAGGAGAGAGUGCAGCGGCUGGAGGCCACACGGCUGGCACUGGAGGAGGAGCUGGGCCGCGUGAAGGCAGCUGCGCUCAGUGAGCGUGGCCAGGCAGAGGAGGAGCUCUUCAAGGUCCGGAACCAGGCCCGUCUGGACGAGCAGCAGCGCCUGGCCCACCUGGAGGAGAAGCUGCGGCUGCUGGCACAGGCGCGGGACGAGGCUCAGGGCACCUGCGUGCAGCAGAAGCAGACGGUGGCCGAGGCCCAGGCCAGGGCCAGCCAGCUGGAGCUGCAGGCGGACGGCCUGCGGAGGCGCGUGGAGGAGCUGCAGCAGGAGCUGAGCCACAAGGAGCAGGAGAAGGUGGCCGAGGUGGCCCGGGUGCGCGCGGAGCUGCAGGCGGAGCAGGCGGCCCAGGCGGCCCUGAGGGAGAAAGCGCUGGCCCUCGAGCGCCAGCUGCGAGCCAUGGCGAGCGACCACCGGGAGGCGCUGCGGGACCGGGAGAGCGAGAACUUGUCGCUGCGGGAGAAGCUGCGGCUGCGGGAGGCGGAGGUCGCGCGCGUCCGCGACGAGGAGGCACAGAGGGCCAGCUUCCUGCAGCAGGCCGUGCUGGCCUAUGUGCAGGGCUCCCCGCUGCGCACGCUGAGCCCCCCGAAGUGAGGGCGGCCGCGCCCCGCGCC